AUGUCUAUGAAAUCCAACGGUUGGAAGGUCAAGAAGCGUACAAGGGUUAACGGCCAAACGACGAACUCUUUUGCUCAACAUGAGAACCUGGCUCUUGGGAAACGUCUGACCAGCUCCUGUGACUCGGCCUGGAAAAGAAAGACCCUUCGAGUUUUCCGAAUCACCUGCCACAACGGAUAG